AGGAGAGAGUUGCAGCUGUUCGCAGAUAUUCAUUUAUUCCGUGGGUUCGCGUGCAUGGGGGGAAUGCGUCACGCGGGGAACAUAGAGACGGUCUUUGUGACUUGUGCCGACACUGAUGUGCGCGAGGUGGAAUGAUCACCGUGGCAGGAGGCUUUGACUGUGUCCGAAUCCGAACAUAAACGCGCGUGUGUCUGGGAAUAAAUGCCCUGCUCCGUUCUUUCUCGUGCAGGUGAGUUGUUCCACAAGAGCCGGGGGUCUGCCCGUGAGCGCGUGAGUGACAGGCUAUUCUUCGCGCGUCCUGUCUCUUGGGAGUGGAGGUUGGGCGGCGCGAGCUGAUCCGUUCACUUCAGACGGGGACACGCAGCAUUAGGUGCGCGUGGGAGCGUGGAGGAGGGCUUCGCCAGUCGCUCUCCAAACACAGAGGAGGUCUCGAGCUUGGGAGUGGAGGAGAAAGACAGGCGUUAGCAGAGCGUGAGACCUAUGCAUCGGAUUUGGAUUUUGUUUCUUUGUUCGCCACCGGAGCGAUGCUGCGGAGCCUCGUGCUGUUUUUCAGCGUGCUGCGCGCUUGCUGCGGAUCAAGUUUCCCGAGCAACAUCAACAUAGGGGGGCUGUUUCCCGCGGACUCGCACGAGUAUGAGGCGUUCCGCUUCGCGCUCUCACACCAGCAGGAUGUCCCCAAGCUCGUGCCGCAGGUGGACAUGGUCAAAAGCGGGAAUAGCUUCUCCAUGACGUAUGCAUUCUGUUCUCAGUUUGCUAAGGGUGUGUAUGCCAUCAUUGGUGUGUAUGACCGGCGGACCGUGAACAUGCUGAUGUCAUUCUGCGGAGCGCUGCAUGUGUGUUUCGUGACGCCCAGCUUCCCCGUGGCGGCGGCCAAUCAGUUCGUCAUCCAGCUCCGGCCUCAACUGCAGGGGGCGCUGCUGAGCGUCAUCGAGUUCUACAGGUGGACACGCUUCACAUACCUGUACAGCUCUGAUUCAGGUCUCACAGUGCUGCAGCGGGUGUUGGACAGCGCGGCGGAGCGUGGCUGGCACGUGGUGUCUGUAAACGUGGAGAGCGUGUCUGAAGCCUCCUUCUCCAAACUCUACCAGGACCUGGAGACACACAAGGAGGGACACAUCAUCAUCGACUGUGAGAUGGACAGACUGGCAUCUGUUCUGAAGAAGAUUGUGGAACUGAGGAAAAAUGUGAAGAGCUUCCAUUACAUUCUGGCCAAUCCUGGCUUCCUGGACAUCGAUCUGUUGGAGUUUAAGAAGGGCGGGGCCAAUGUGACAGGAUUCCAGCUGGUGAAUGGGGAGGAGCCUUCUGUUAGCCACGCCCUCCAGCAGUGGCUUCAGUUUGAGACGAAAGAUGCCAAAGCACCUCGAAAGGGCCUAAAGUACACUGGAGCCCUGACAUAUGACGGUGUGAAAGUGAUGGCAACAGCGUUCCAGAAUCUCAGACGACAGCGAAUAGAUAUCUCUCGCCGUGGCAACGCAGGAGAGUGUCUGGCCAAUCCCCCCGCACCCUGGGGACAGGGCAUUGACAUCCAGAGAGCUCUGCAGCAGGUCCGUAUUGAUGGGCUAACAGGUCACAUCCAGUUUGAUGAAAAAGGCCGAAGGAUCAACUACACACUGGGAGUGAUGGAGCUGAGAGCAGCAGGACCGAAGAAGGUAGGGUACUGGAAUGAGAAUGAGAAGUUUGUUCCUACCUCCUUUCCACCGGGGACCAAUGAGACCAACGGCCUUCAGAACCGCAGCUACAUCGUCACGACAAUACUGGAGUCUCCCUACGUGAUGCUAAAGAAGAGUCAUGAGCUGCUGCAGGGCAAUGACAGGUACGAGGGCUACAUCGUGGAGCUGGCGGCCGAGAUCGCUAAACACGUGGGCUACCGCUACGACCUCCACAUCGUCUCCGACGGCAAGUACGGAGCCAAAGACGCCGACACCAAGCAGUGGAACGGCAUGGUCGGGGAGCUGGUGUAUGGGAAGGCGGACGUGGCCGUGGCCCCUCUGACCAUCACGCUGGUGAGGGAGGAGGUGAUCGACUUCUCCAAGCCCUUCAUGAGUCUCGGGAUCUCCAUCAUGAUCAAGAAGCCCACCAAGUCGAAGCCCGGCGUCUUCUCCUUCCUCGACCCGCUGGCGUACGAGAUCUGGAUGUGCAUCGUGUUCGCCUACAUCGGCGUGAGCGUGGUGCUCUUCCUGGUCAGCCGCUUCAGCCCCUACGAGUGGCACGCCGACGACAUGGACGAGGGGGCAGGGCCUAAAGACUGCCAGACGACGCCAGGCGGUGCCUCCUCAUCGGGUGGUCCACAGCCGGCCACGCCCACUCAGGAACAGAGCAACGAGUUUGGGAUCUUUAACUCUCUGUGGUUCUCACUGGGCGCCUUCAUGCAGCAAGGCUGUGACAUCUCACCCAGGUCUCUGUCAGGCCGUAUUGUCGGGGGUGUGUGGUGGUUCUUCACCCUGAUCAUCAUCUCCUCGUACACGGCCAACCUGGCGGCGUUCCUGACGGUGGAGCGGAUGGUCUCGCCCAUAGAGAGCGCCGAGGAUCUCGCCAAGCAGACGGAGAUCGCUUACGGAACCCUCGACGCAGGCUCCACCAAAGAGUUCUUCAGGAGGUCUAAGAUAGCGGUGUUUGAGAAGAUGUGGUCCUACAUGAAGUCGGCGGACCCGUCCGUGUUUGUGAAGACCACGGACGAGGGCGUGAUGCGCGUGCGGAAGUCGAAGGGGAAGUACGCCUACCUGCUGGAGUCGACCAUGAACGAGUACAUCGAGCAACGCAAACCCUGCGAUACCAUGAAGGUCGGGGGGAACCUGGACUCCAAGGGGUACGGCAUCGCCACGCCCAAAGGAUCCAUACUCAGGAGCCAUGUGAAUCUGGCGGUGCUGAAGCUGAACGAACAGGGCCUCCUGGACAAGCUGAAGAACAAGUGGUGGUACGACAAGGGCGAGUGCGGCAGCGGCGGGGGAGACUCCAAGGAUAAGACGAGUGCUCUGAGUCUCAGUAAUGUGGCUGGAGUGUUCUAUAUUCUGAUUGGUGGAUUGGGUCUGGCUAUGCUGGUGGCCCUGGUGGAGUUCUGCUACAAGUCCCGUGCGGAGUCACAACGCAUGAAGCAAUCCAUAGAUGCGGCGCUGCGCUGCUCCGGCCUGGGCGUGCUGGGCGGAGUCUCGGGCGUCGGGGGGAGUGGCGACGGGGAGAACGGGCGGCUGCUGGCUCCAGACUUCCCCAAAGCCAUGCAGAGCUGCAUGAGUCACCCAGCGGGGCUGAGCCUGGGAGCCGCCGGGAUGUGAAGAGCACAUUUAACACACACACACACACACACACACACACACCCUC